AUGACAUUCGAAGCCACCUCCGAUACCCAUGCCCCUUUACCCUUAACAGCACAACAGCUUGAUUCUGGUGCAGCCAAGUGUGUCGCUCUCCAACAAUUGGGACGGGAGAUUCAUUCCAAGCGACCGUUCGCAGCGCUCUUGUUAAGUCCCGACAAUGAGACUGUGUUGAUAUCAUCUCUCUCGCUCUCACAUGUUCGACAUGCUGAAUGUGAAGUGGCCCGCAAUGCCGCGGAUAAUUACGACUGGAACUACCUGGCGAAAUGUACCAUGGUUUCAACGUGGGAGCCAUGUGCUAUGUGUUCUGGAACUAUUUACUGGGCUCACAUUGGACGGUUGGUCUAUUUGGCAUCGGAGAAAACAUUACAAGAACUCACGGGGACCGGAAAUGUGGAGAACCUGACUCUCGAUAUGCCAUGCCGGGCAGUCUUUGCUGCGGGGCAAACGCCCGUGGAGGUUUUAGGGCCACUAAAGGCUGAGGGGUGGGAACAGAAGGUAGUAGAAGAUGCUGCACUAUAUUGGUCGAAGAGUGCUUAG